CCCAGUUCUCAUUCAGUUCCAUUCAGCAUUGGUUGUUACCGUCGCAAUGACAAUCUUGUGGCUGACCUUGCUGGGCCUUUGUCUCAAUCUGAAACUCGGGUCGGCGUUGCACGUGCCGCAGCAUAAUUGUGAGAGGUAUUUCUCCUACUACAAAGAGGACAGUGGAGCCUACAUUGGCGUCUUCACGGCGCCACGCGCUGGUGUGAACAGCCUAUCAUGGGAGGUGGUUUUCACUGCUCACGGAACUGGUGAGGCAAACACUGUGGGCUCACUCAUUCCGUAUCCCAAUAAGGAAAGGGCCUUUGAAAAGAUACACAGCGGAGAACGUGGCGAGGUGUUUGUGCGUUUCACGGAUUUUGGAAACGAGCUGCCCAAACUUGUCCGGGCGGAAUUCAACGGCGAGGUUCUGUGUCAAAAUGAGGAGUAUGAUGCCCCUUCAAGCACAAUGACCCGACGCCAGUCCAUGUCCACCUCAACGCCAAUUAGUCAAAAGUCAGCACCAAGAGAAAUAGUGCGUCAGCGGCGUCCGCCGCCGAGCACACCGAGCAAUGACCCCAAUCCUUUCCUUCCUUCAAUCAUGCCCAGAAUAGAUUCGGACUUUGAGGAAUGCGGCGUUGAGGGCUUUUCGCCUCUUCAAAUCGGAGGCGACCUGGUGACCCGCGGUCAGUACCCCUGGCUCGCGGCCCUUUACGAAGGUGUUGGCACGGCUACAUACAAAUGCGUGGUGUCGGUUAUCUCCAAACGGACUGUGAUCACGGCAGCUCACUGCAUUUAUGGAAAGAGCGCCAGCCAGCUUUGGGUCUAUUUGGGCAGGCAUGAUCGCAACGAGAAUCCUGAGAAUGGAGCCUCCCUGGUUAGCGUGACCAGCGUGCUGACUCCGUCCGCCUACGAGGGCAAUCCAGUUCCGGAUGCGGACGUUGGUCUGCUGGUGCUGACCUCUCCGAUGGUGUACACCAAGUACAUUCGACCCCUCUGCCUUUGGGGCUCCAAUAUGGGAUUGCCACCGAAUGAGGGCGAUACUGGAGCAGUAGCCGGUUGGGGCUACGACAGGAGUGCCCAGAAGACGCGGUUUCCCAAGACAGUGAGUGUUCGAUUGGUGCCCCGGGAUCAGUGUCUCAAGGAGAUGAAGCGGGCGGAGGACUUCAUCACGCGGCGGACCGUCUGUGCCGGCAAUUCAGAAUCACAUGGUCCCUGCUUCGGAGACUCGGGAUCUGCUCUGAUCGUCCUGCGUAACAAUCGAUGGUACGUUCGUGGUGUGGUCUCUUUAUCGCCUCGCCACGGAGAGAUUUGCGACCUUAGCAAGUAUGUUAUCUAUUGCGAUGUUGCACGGCACAUUGACUGGGUACGUCAAAAUAUGGUCAUGUGAGGCGCUGAAAUAAUUAUAAUGUGACAAUACAGGAAAACACGGAAAUUUAUGUACAAAAUUCUCAAUAAAUCUUUAAGUCGUAU